UGGACUCUCAUGGAAAGAAAGACAGUGUUGGUGACUGAAUGGAAUAUCUUCAUCAUGGGGGAUAUAGUUUCUACUCACCUGGACGAGGGAAGGAGACAGAUAAUUACAGCUCAUACCAGAAAGGUGAUGACAGAGUUCGGGAAGGUGUACAGACAGCAGUAUGCAGUGGCUCUUUUUAACAGCGUACGUUUUGAGAUCGAGGGAGGAGGAAACGCACAGAUACAGCUCUUACACCGCAAGGAUCCACUUCAGGACAAAUCCAUCUUCUCCGGAGAUCUGUUUCAGUAUUUGGAUGAGAAUAAGAAAUGGAGGAACCGCUUUAUAUACGUGGGCAACUCUUACAAUAUCAGCUUCUACGACAGCAGACUGGCUUAUGAAAGGGGUCUGCAUUCCAGAGAAAUCGUUAAUUGUGCUGGAUACAAAGUCCUGACCUCCAUGGACGAGUACCUGGACCUGCUGAACAGCUGCCUGCCUGACCUAAAGGCGAAACGGGAAUCUUCCCCGUUUCUGAAAAGCGCCCCCAGCUUUGUGUUGAUCUUGUGGCACCCGUACGCUCGUCAUCACUACUUCACCGUGAGGACUGAGAAAGAGCAGACGAAGUGGCUCGCUGUUUUCCAGGACUGCAUCAGACACACUAACAACGGUCUGUCAGAGGACAACAAGGUGCUCACACCAGCGUUCACCAAUUCCCUGCGACUAUACAGACAAGCCAAAGGCCACUACGGAACAUGGGAAAUGAUGUGCGGGGAUCCAACACAGAUUCUGGCCAACCUGGUGAUGGAGACACUGUAUCCGGAGCUCAGGACACAGAUAGGUCCUCGACUGAAGGGAAAGCUGCAGCAGAGACAAAGGAACUGGAUGCUGAUCUCGGAUGCGGUGUACAGGCAGGUGUUGACUCAGACACGAACGCAGCACAGGGCUUUGGUACAGGACUGUGAGGUAGAGUGCCCCCGUCUGGAUGCCUCACUGCGCACAGACAUGGACCAGAUCAUUUCCUCCAAAGAGCAUGUCACUGGAAGGAUGCGUGCCCUGGUGCUUGCCGAUGCAGAGCAGGUCCUUAAGAGCAACGUGCAGCCCUACAUCACCUCCAUCCUGGAAGCUCUGAUGGACCCGGUGGGUCAGGGAUUCUCCGAGGUCAGGGACGUUCUCUUCCGUGAGCUGGUGGAAAUCAGCAAGAACACAGUCAAUGACAGAAGCAAGGAGGCGCUUGGGAAGCAAAUGGAGAAGGUGUCCAUGUUGGCUUUCCACCCAGUGAAGAUGCAGAGCUGCUAUGAGAAGAUGGAGCAGCUGAGUCUGGAGGGCCUGCAGCAGAGAUUUGAUGUGUCCAGUCCUUCCGUGUUCAUUCAGAGAGCUCAGAUCCUCAUGCGAGAGCAAAUGGACAAUGCCGUGUACACGUUUGAACAGCUGCUGUACCAAAACAUGGAUGAACAGUCAGGAGAGGAGCUUAUAAAAACCAUCCAGCGCUGCCAGGACCGAGUACUGAAGAAAUUUGACUACGACAGCAGCACGGUGCGGAAGAAGUUCUUUAGAGAAGGACUGCUGCAGAUCAUCAUCCCGUACAUGCUGAAACAUCUCCAUCCUGUGUAUGCUUCUAAGCUGCCACAAUUCAAAGAGUUUAUCUUUGAGGAUUUCUCCCGCUUCAUAUUAGUGGAGAACAUUUUCGAGGAGGUCGUCCUGCAGUCGGUCACUAAAGAUAUUAUGAUGGCUGUAAAGGAGGCAGCCAUUCAGAGAAGGCACAACCUGUACAGGGACAGCGUCAUUCUGGGCAACAGUGACCCGAACCUCCACCUGCUGGAGGAGAACUCCAUCGACUGGGCCAGCCACUAUGGAGGAGGAGGAGAAGAAGUGGACCGACGCCAAAGACGUAGACAGGUUGUGUCCAUGAUUGUUUCGGAGGACAUGGCGCCGAUGCCUUACGGCUCUUGCCUGGAAGUACCUGGCGUGGAAGAGAUCCCCGAAGAGAACGAGAUGCUGCCGGCUGAAGAUCUUGAAGAUGAAACGUUCAUCAAUAACGAUCACAAUUUACAGCCGAUCAUUUCAGUAACGCCAAAAUCCCUGGAAGUUCCAGGCUCCCCAGACAGCGUGCAGCAGAUUAGGCAGCUUAUCAGGCCAGUUCUUGAGGUGGUUGUUCCUUCAGCAGCGGAUACUGACCCAGUGUUGACCAACGGGAUGCUGCCUCUGGAGGAAGGGGAGGAGAUAGAGGCCAUCACCUCAGAGGAGGACAUGAUGCCAAAAGACUCCGCUAUCGCCAGCGCCAUUCAGGAGCUAGAGAACGCCGUUCGGGAUGAAGACUUCAACGUGGACUCUGAUUCUGAACUUCCGCAAGCGUCUGCCAAGUCCAGUCCACGUCACCAUGACGACAGCGGAUUUCAAUCACCUACCAACGAGAACACUGAGGAAGAGGACCCUCGGCCAGUCGCUGCGGACCCGAAGGGUGAAGCCGAGCCAGUGGGUCCUGAACUGGUGAUGGUGAUGCUGAAAGAGGAAGACGAAGAAGUGUCCGAAGAUGGCUCGGGAGAAGACGAAGAUUUUGAAUCUAACAUUUAAACUGGGAUAUUGAUAUUGAUUUAUUUUUUUUUAUCUUAGCAAGGGAAGAUAUGCUGAGUAAACAGUAAAUAAUCAUUCUUAAAGCUUAAAGUUAUCCUUGUAUUGGCAUGUUGCUUCGUUCUAGAAAGAAACAAUUUGAAGUUUAAAAUGAGUAGAAAUAUGUAUUAAAAAAAUAACUAGUUGAAUUUGCGUACAUUCAAGAUAUUUUUUGUGCUUUUUUUAUUUUAUUUUUUUUUUAAAUUGUGCAUUUUAAACAGUGGCAAUCCACUUUUUGUAUAUAUUCAUAUGAAUGCCUUGUGAAGCUUAAAUCUUAUUACUUCAUCAUAAAGAAGGCACAAUUUUUUUGUCACUGAAAUGUCAGCUUUCCUUUUCCAUAUAACCGGUAUUUAGACUUUAAUCAAAGUGAAGCCUUAAUUCCAUUUGAAAUCCUGGGAUACCGCAUGGAUAUACGAGGAUAUAAUAAGCAUGUUAUAAAUUUCUUAUAUUUAACACUGCUUUGUUUUUACUACAUAUUUAUAUAUACGUAUAAGGGAAAUAAGGACACAAUGUCUGCGGUCAUGAAACAGUGUAUUUAUUUGUUUUUACUGUGUUACUAAUUCUGUGCUAUGUUAAUAAUUGUUUGCAGCGGAACGACUUAACGUAUCCACGAAGCACUUACUGUACGGCGUGUCAUCUUUCUCUUGAUCUAAUAACCCGUUUUGACUACGAUGCAACCCUAACUUUAUCUCGUGGGUAGACAUGACUCAAAUUAAUGUGGCUUUAAAGACAGCUUGCGUAGUGUUAGGCUUACUUUGAACCCCGGCUGCGUCCGGAUCAAGAACUUCUUGUUUUUCUUGUCUUGUGCUGGAACUGGAGGAGGACAAUGAUCAGACGGCAGCACAGACCUUUGUACUUGAUGCCAGCUUCUGGUAUUUUGAUAGAAAGAAGCACAAGAAUGGCUCUUUUUGUUAUAUUGUAAGGGUUUUUUUUUUCUACCCAGUUGAUGAAAUGUUUGGAAUUUGUUCUUUUUUUUUCUUCUAAUAUCUACAGUAUGAUGACAGCCAGUGAAACAUUUUUCAUCACCUUUGCUUUUCUACUUGCCUUGUGCUUGUGAUUUCUUUUUAAAAAAAUAAAAAAAUAAAAAAAUGACCUGGUUGUUGCGGUUCUCCGAAGUAUUUUACUGUAUUUUUCCUCCACUAUUUAUUAACCCUGUUUUUAACACUUUUUUUUUUUUUCUGUAGCCAAACUCUACUGUUCUUUUUUGUUUGAUAUACAUACACACAUUGAAUA